GCUCUCCCACCCUCGGCUCUUCUAUUCGCUCACUGCGCUCUCAUCCUCGGUGCGGCUUGUGUCUCUGCUUAGUCCUGUGCGUAAGAGCGCGCCGAUGGAUAUGUAAAGUGAUGCACUCCUGAAGACGCGAAAUCUGAGCUUGCAAAUGCCUCUCUGGAAAGACGUGUAGAUGCGCGGCAGAGAGCGCGCGUUGGAGAGCAGUUAGUUAGAUUAAGUCAAGUUCAUCUCACGGAGAUUUUAUUUUAUUUUAUUCUGCGCGUUUAUUUUGUUUUGUUUGUUUUUUGGAUGGUGAUAUGUUAAUAAAGAUGUUCAUCAGCGCGGAUGACGGUGCGUUGCUAUUUGGAUGUGUGUUUCUGGACUUUUCAGCGUAUCAUGACCGUGCGCCUUUCCCCCUCUCUCCAAGUCAUUUCGUUUCUGCGUGAAGUUGAACGGAGGAGAAAGCAAGAUGAGAGGGAAAUACUUUCUCCUCGGCUUCUUGUUGCUCAAACUUAUGGCUCUUGUGUGCAAGGCUGACGGGGAGCCAGGACUGCUCGGUGGAUUCGUAAUGAUCGCCACCUCCAACGGCUCCAGAGAGGAGGAGAGCGCGUCCGAGGCGACCCCGCACACGGAGGACAAAUGUCGGGGUUACUACGACGUGAUGGGCCAGUGGGACCCGCCGUUCAUCUGCAAAACAGGCAAUUAUCUGUACUGCUGCGGCACCUGUGGCUUCCGCUUCUGCUGCUCCUUCAAGGAGUCGAGGUUGGACCAGAGCACCUGUAAAAAUUAUGACACGCCGGUGUGGAUGAAGACCGGACAGACUCCCUACAAAAAAAUGAACAAGAUGCACGACAGCACCAAAGACAAGACGAACUUAAUUGUUUACAUCAUAUGUGGAGUAGUGGCCAUUAUGGCUCUUGUGGGGAUUUUCACCAAACUGGGGCUGGAAAAGGCGCACCGGCCUCAGAGAGAGAACAUGUCCAGGGCCGUUGCCAGUGUGCUGCAGGGCGGGUGUCCAGGUGAGCAGUUUCGGGGGGAAGAGGCCCUAGGGAUGCAUUCACAGCACUUUGUUUCCAGGGCCACAAACCUCCAGGGUGGUCAGAUCAACAACAACGUGGGACCAGGCUCAAACAUGGGCCAGCAGCACCCGUACCCUGCCCUCAGCCAGCUGACUCACGUCUACGAACAGCAGCAACAACAGCAGCAGCAACAGCAGCAGCAGCAUCAGCAAAACAAGGACAUGAACAAGUACGCCUCCCUGAAGGCUGUGGCUGCCAAGUACAACGGUGAACUCUACAAGCGUCGGCUGAUGGUGGAGCUGCCAACAAAAGGCGGGCUCCCUCUCCAGCCCAUGGGCAACUCGAGACCCUCCAUGGGCAACAUGUCGUCAAUAACCCCUCCGAUGACUACCAACCCCAUGGCUUCUAACCCAAUGACCUCCAAUCCCAUGAACCCUACCAUCACCCAGAUGACCUCCAUGACCCAAAUGACGUCUAUGAUGCCCAUGACAUCUAUGACACCCAUGACCUCAAUGACCCCCAUGACUUCCCUCGCUCCGAUGUCCUCCAUGACCCCUAUGACCUCCCUUGGUCCACUGACUCCUGAGCCUGUGGCUACCUAUGUCACUGAGAUGCCGAACAUCUCCUCCGUCUCCACCCUCCCAACAGAACGGCACAUAGCCGGCGGUGGAGGAGGAGGGGGACUGAAGCCGAAUGGCCACAAACCCAAAGGCAGCCAUGGUCACGUUGCCUACAGCUCUCAUAGCUCUCACACUCACGCUCACAGCCACAGUAGCAAGCCGCCAGGACUCGGGGCUACCUCCCUGGCGCACAUGGCAGGGACAAUGCCAGGUGGCACGUCCCUGGGCAUCUCCAGGGCUGCAGAGGCUGCCAUGGGCUCCAGCUCAGCUACAAUGGGCCGCCCAUUGGCAUACAGUUCCAACACAAUCGCGGCUGGGCAUGCAAUGGGGCUAGGGUUGAAGGGCUGGGAUGGGACUGAGACGGUGGGCCGGAGGAAGGCCUAUGGGCCCAAGAGGCCUCAGUGUACCGUUCUGGAGCCCAACCAGCUCCACAGCACCAGAGGCCACAGCCACAGCCAACACUUUCUCCCCACACAGCCCUACUUUGUGACCAACAGCAAGACAGAGGUGACUGUGUGAGAGUGGAAGAAAGGGAGAAUGGGGGGAAGGAUGCAUGUGGAGUGUUGGCACAAGUAAUGUCAUGAGUUGAGACACCAACUCCUGAGGUGGUCAGAUCUAUGUGUGUGUUUGUGUGGCUCGUUGGUACACUGGUGAAUGUGGUGAGACAGUGACACUGUGUCUGAGUGGUCCUCGUUUCACAAACAGAGAGUUCACCAAUCAAAUCACUGAACAGACCCUUGUUGUCAAGAGGAUGGCGUCCAUGUUACCAUAACUUCAAACAGCCUACAGAGCAGGGAUGUCUGUACACUUGUGGUGAUAUUGGAGUGUUGUCUGACAGCUAAUAUCUACUCUGUAAUGAUGACAAUACCAGAGUAUUACACAGCAACUACACACGGAUGAGAAAGUGGGAGACUGCUGAUAUUAAGAGGGACUGGCUUUACAGACCAAACCUGAGAAGCAAUAUGAGGAAUCAAGUGUAAAGCACCGAAGCAUCAUGGGAAAGAAGAAAUACAGCAAGUUUUCCCACAAACCUGGCAACAAAACUUCUGCUCACCUGCCCAACGUCGAAUGGUUUGGAUGAAAUGACGUUCAUUUAUGACCCCCCGGAUCUCCUGAAGGCUUUGAAACAGACACACGAUGAGGGCGCUGGGCUUUGGACUGCAGACAUGCAGGGCUUUGUACUGUGGCUAUUCAGAAGCGCCUUCAUAAGCUCUGCAGCUGAAGGUCGCCCUUUUCCACAAGGCUCCAGGACAGAGAAUGGAGGCUGUCACACUGGCAUUGUUCUGGUCUGAUCUCAUCUGUGUGGUGACAGCUGGCCCAAAGAAAGGAUAAGGAGGCAGGGAAGGCAGCAUCUGGAUGAUGCUGCAGCUAGCAGAGGCUCCGAUUUUCGUACACACACAGACACACAAAUCCACACAUUCAUGCACAUGCAGACACGUUUUCACACACAGAGAAAUGUAUACUGUAGAAAUACCACAUGUCAGGGUUUGACCAGUAUGGGAUUGAGGGAUGGGGAUGAGUGGUCCCAAUACUUUUAGAAUCAAUGUACAGAUCUAAUUUCUGCAUAUUUGUUAUCUUUCAAAACACUGUCAAAGUUCAGUGUUUCCCCAAAACUAUAUUCUUCAGACCAUCACAAUACUAAAAAACUAUCAAAGAAAAACCCCUAAAUAAUAAAUUGAAAUGGCAGCUAAGUCACAAUGUCCCACAACAUCCAUUCAAUAACAAAGGUACUGUUUGGGACACAUAUAUACUUUUUUUUAAAUUAGAAAACUAUUUUCAAAAGAUUCCACAACAAAGAAAUGACGCUUUGGAAAAUAUGUGUUUUGCUUCCUUGCCAAGACUUAAAGUAGAUAAAUGCAUGUUAAAUAUUAAGCUGCUACCAGCAGUCUGUUAGCUUAGCUUAGCACAAAGACUGGAAAUCGAGGAAACAGCUAGCCUAGCUCUGUCCAAUAAGAAUAUCCGCCUACAAGCACCUCUGAAACUAGGUAAUUAAUAUGUUAUAUCCUGUUUGUUUAACUCAAACAAAGCCACACUAUUUCUUACACAGUAACUUCUUAACACAACAUUUUAAAAAGUGAUUAGAUGUUCAAACUGUUUUGAUGUAGCUGUGGCCAGUAUUUGGCCUUGAUCAGACUAUGUGUGGACAAAAAAGACUGAAUUGAAAAAUUGGGUCAGAAAAAUGUGAUUUAUGUAUGUAUGAACACAGACAGUAUACAUCAAAUAUAGGUCAACUGGGCAACAGUAUAUGCCUAACUUACUUCAAUAAGUGGACCAAAUGUAUCCAAUCUACCAAAUGCUUUGGCUUUUUGACAUUUCUGCACAGAUUUUGCAUAGGAUGUUAUAUUUCUGUAAUUAUAGACGCAAGAAACUAAAAAAAGUGAAAAGUGGGUGUAACAGGAAUAAAAAUACCACAUUUUCUCACUGGUAAUGUAAGACACUGCCAUGAGAAACUAGGCUUAAUUAAAUCACUCACUGUACUUAAGUUUUAGCUUAAAAAAAAACAAAACAAAAAAACAUCACAACCGCCAGAAAAAGAAAAAAAAAACCUAUCUAGGUUACAUGAUUCAAACAUAAAAAUAAAUCCUUGAGUCUGACAAAUAGGCCAAAUCUUCUAAGGGCUUCUCCAAGCCUAUAUUACUUGUUUUGUAAUGAUGUGGAUUAUAAGCGGCUGCAGCCACAGUUAUCAUUUUGACCUUGUUAUCUAAAGUGCUGCUUCCACCUCUAAGACCCUCUUUACACUCGCGAUUAAGAUGCAUUUUAAAAAGGGAUCAGAUUGUAAUCACAACAUGCUUAUCCACAUUAAAAUGUGAACGCAGCCAAGACACAGUGAGGAGGGAUUAUGAUUGGUUUGAUUAAACCAUCUCUGGAGGUGUUUUGGAAAUGUGUGUGCAGAUACAACUGAAGCAUAAGCACAAAAAAAGGCGAUGGGGCAGUAUCACUUACAAAGACAGAUUGUCAGGAUGUUUGUGGAUAGAGAACAAGCAAAAAGGUGUUGGUUGUCAAAUUUUAAAGCAUGUAAAUACAAGUGGAAGAGGUGCUCAUGACAAUCUGUUGAGGCAAACGAUUGGAUUUCAGUGUGACACAUUUUAUUGGGAGCUCCAGCAGAGCUGCACCCAGUUUGGGUACACUGUGUGUCCAGGCUGCAUGUAGAUCUGAGCUGCAAAGAUGGGGCUAAUUCUAAGGCUUCUGAAUCGAAAGCCAGAAACAACAUGAAACAAGCCAGCUGAGCAUAAGAUAAGGGGGUCUACAGGAGGGGAUAUUUUACGCCUCAUGCUGUGGAAUCCCCGCUACCUUGAAGGCCACAUGACUGGAAACAUGAGACCAAAUUGAAGGCAUGGAAUAGGAUUUAAAAAAAGUCAUCAGAGCGGUAAAAUGUGUCACCUCUACCACACUCACACACACACACACACAGACACAGAAAUAUUACAGGGUGGACUCUGCUUUCCUUCUGCUCCCACAGUGCCGAGCAGCAGGCGUCAUCACAGCAGGUAGACAAAGAGUCAGUACUGUUACUGCGCCUGUUGUACAUGAAAGACUGUGAAACUCCAGACCUUGGCCCUUUGUAGCGAUAACUGAUAUUAUGCUUUUUAUAUAUAAAAAAUAUACAUAGCCUUUCUCUCUUAAUCUGUUUCUUUUCAUUUUCUUCUUCACUUCUUUUUUCCCCCCCUUCUUCUUUGCUCCCUCCGUGUCUGAGUGGAAGCCCGUCAGAGCAGAAAUACCUGCGAGAAACAAAAAGACAGGGCUGUUGGUGAUGAAUCUUUUCUGUGAUAGUGGAGUACAGUCCUGAUGAGACAGUGAAUAAUAAUAAUUCACCCCCACCUUGAAAGGCAUGAUUGGUUUCCCCUUGUGCAUUGUUCUAGCAGGAAAUAAAAGUGAUUGAUACUGUGUGCCAAAAAAUGUAAUUCAGUUUGCAGUUUUGUACCAUAGUGUGUCCUCUUGAACACUGCGCACAUUUCACUCUUUAUAACUUUUUGUACAUCUGUGUGUGUGUGCGCGUGUGUCUGUGUGUGUGUGUGUGCGAGUGCGCGUGUGUGUGUGAAUCCAAUUUUGGCAUACGAUUAUUGUCUCUGAAAAAAGUCAAAACUCAAACAAACAAACAAACUGAUUCAAGUUCACAGUCCUAUAAACCUGUCUGCAUCCAAUGGGAAUUCUUUGUAAAUUUUGUUAUUUCUUUUCCUCCUUUCCUUGACAGCUGGUGGUUUUAUUUGUGACAGAGUUGAGAAGCGGGUCAGUGUUUGCUCAGGAUGUGCAUUAUCAGACCCAAUUGACUUAAUCCAGCAAGGCGGAGAUGUGGAAAUAUGAACCCUCCUUGUCACCCCUGUAUUGCUCCAGCCUUAAAGCUCAUUCAGCUCUGCAGAAAGCAGCCACUGGAACAGGCAGGGCAGGACAGUGGAAGCAGUUGGUAAACAAAAAAAAAUAAAAAAACCUCUUUCCUCGCCGUAGCAGCCAAAAUCAACCUGAUAGAAAGGGAAUUGGCUGCGCUGGCUGGGUCACGGUUGAUAGGGUCAGGGCCACAGAUGAGUGGGUUCAGGAGGCAGUCAUGUCUGACAUUUUUCAUCAGACGAGUCAGUCAGACAAAAAAUACCACAGCAGAGACAAAAGGACAAAGGUAGUCUGCAUCGCUCAAAACAUCCAGCUCAGUAGGAGAGCCAGCAGAAGCUCGGGAACACCGGGUGUUCAUCAUUUAUUGAAAAUAUAAUCUUUGAUAUUCUUGUUUUUUGAGAACACAGUUUGGUGAUAAAAUGUAGUGCUUGUACUUACCACAACAACAAAGACAUUCAGUCUUCAUGGAUUAUAGAGUAUGGAUUUCUUUCCACAGCAAGUAGUCAGUUUUACUGUAGCUUUACCUGUAUGCCAACUUUUUCCGCUAUCCGCUAUCAAGAGCAGAAACUCAUAAACAGGGUACAGACUGAAUCACCGCCCACUAAAUAUUGCAGUGGCCCAGUCACACUAGCAUUUUUUACUUUUUUAUAUUGAGUUCAAACGUUGGUCAACUUUGUAAUGUGAAUUUGCGUCGUUGACCAACAACAAGCCCUCAAUGCUAUUGUGACUUAUUCGCUUUGUGGCGCCUUUCACAUUUAUUUAAAGGACCAGUGUGUAGGGUUUAGUGGCACCUAGCGAUGUAGUUGCUGAUUGCAACCACCUCGCCUCACAAGCUGUUUUCUAUCUUAAAGCACAGUGGCUGCGAAAUGGGUGAAAAACCAAAAAAGGCCAUAUCCAGAGCGUCUGUUCUGGGCUACUGUAGAAACAU